UAUUUGUCUUGAUGACACACACAGGAUCAUGGGCCUCUUUAUUGGCCCCAAGAGGGAGUGUCUUAGGUUAGCUCUAUACCUGCAAAGAUCUAAAAUCAAAAUAUCAGCAGAGUGCAUGUACUGCAGCAUGCUGCAGGAUGACAGCUGGAUUAUAUUCAUCUGACAAACCAAAAUGAAGAUGGAACAUAAUUUUAAACUUUUUAUCACUUGCUAAAACUUUGUUAAGUUUUUAGAGACAAUAGCUGAAAUGAACGACAACAUGGAGGGGGGUGAGGAUGCAGAGCUUGUGGGGAUGGGACUACGUGUCUCUGUGUCUCCCGCGCAAACUGCUUUUUACAUCAUCCUGGUGAUGCUGGGGACCUUGGGUAAUGCCGCCGUGGUUGGGGUGAUUGGUAAGAGUGUCAUAGUGGACCGGGCUGGGGGACGUAACUCGGACAUAAUUAUCAUUAACAUGGCACUGUCUAACCUGCUGGUGUCUGUGAUGAGAAACACAUUGCUUAUCGUCUCAGACAUGGGACUUGAGCUGUACUCAUCCAAAGAGUGGUGUCAGUUACUCAUGGGUGUCUGGGUGUGGCUGCGAUCGGUCAACGUGUGGUCAACGCUCUUCCUCAGUGCGUUCCACCUCCAAACAUUGAGGCGUGUGGCUCCAGUUAUUGGGAACCUUCAUGCGCCCCGGGGCCUUCCUAAGACCCUAAUGCUCAUUCUGGGCCUCAUCUGGUGUCUCAACUUUAUUUACUCCAUUCCUGCUCAUAUCUUUUCCACUAGUGGUAACAUGAACAGCACGGAGACCUUGAUGCUGGUGAGUAGCACGACGCGCCCCCUGCUGGGCUGUGUCUGGAACUUCCCCUCCAGCUACAGCGGCCUCGCCUACGCCACCACGUCUAUGGUGAUCCAUGAAACUAUUCCCAUAAUCCUAAUGGCCAUCACCAACCUGGGCUCCCUCUACACGCUCUACACCCACAGCAGGAUGAGGAGCUCGGUACCUGAUGCGCCAGUCAUGAAGCGCCUGCCUGCUGAGAGGAGAGCAGCCAAGGUGAUUCUUGCUCUCAUUAUGCUCUUCAUUGCAUCCUGGGGAACCAGCAUCAUCUCUGUCAACUACUUCAACUACAACCGUGGAUCCUCAGCAGAGUUUCUUCUGGUCAUUGCUCGUUUUGCCAACAUCAUCUUCAUUGCCAUGUCACCGGCUGUUCUGGCCGUGGGCCACCGGCGGCUGCGUUCGUUCAUCAAGUCUUUGCUCUCUAAAUGACAGAGCCUAGUGCCGCACUCACAAUACCGCUAAUCAUAAGCUAUGUUGGCAUCAACUUCAGAAAAGCAAUUAAAGGGGGUUAACAUGUUGAGGUAAUUUUCUCUAAUUUUUCCUGUGUACAACACUAUUUUAGAAGAAUUUAUUUUGGAUUUGGUUUGAGCUGUUGAUUUGUUUUUUUUUGGUUUUUUGGUAUGUAAAAUAUUGAGACAUUGUCUGUGAUUUUGGCUAAAAGAUCAUUUGAAUACAUCUUAGCUCAAAAGAAACAACCAAGAAGCAAUGGUAGAUUUUAUUACAUGAACUAGUUUUAAUCAACCAAGAAAACAAUUCCCCUGCGAUAAUAAUUUGUGACUCUGCUUGACUUGGCUUGAAUUAUCUCAGAAAAACAUCAAAUAAUACUACACAACAGUUCUGUCCAGAGGGCACAUGCAGUUUGGUGCCUUCAUAUUGAGGAUGCAUCCCUGCUAUCAAAGCUGUCACACUUUCAUUUUGCUUCCAUUAUUUAUCUGCAUUCACUUUCUCCUU